AUGGAGAUGGACAUGAGCCCCCUGAGGCCCCAGAACUAUCUUCUCGCUGUGGAGGAAGAUGCUGAGUCAGAAGAUGAAGAGGAGGGGGAUGUGACACUCCUAAGUAUGUCUGGAAAGCGUGCUGCCCCUGGAAGUGGUAGCAAGGUUCCACAGAAAAAAGUAAAACUUGCUGCUGAUGAAGAUGAAGAUGAUGAUGAUGAUGACGACGAUGAUGAGGAAGCUGAAGAAAAAGCUCCAGUAAAGAAAUCUCAAGAAUCCUUCAAAAAACAGGAAAAAACUCCUAAAACACCAAAAAGACCUAACUCUGUAGAAGACAUUAAAGCAAAAAUGAAAGCAACUAUAGGAAAAGGUGGUCCCCUUCCCAAAGUGGAAGCCAAGUUCAUCAAUAAUGUGAAGAACUGUUUCCAGAUGACUGACCAGGAGGCUAUUCAAGAUCUCUGGUAG